AUGGCAACCGUUGUGUUCCCCUCCCUCGCCCGCGCUUACACCGUCCCCGCUUCCCACCACAGAUACACCUACAUCUUCUCCCGUCCCAGCACCAGUACCAGUACCACCUCCACCAUCCUAUUCCUCCACGGAUUCCCCUCUUCCAGUUUCGACUGGCGCCACCAAAUCACUUUCUUCAUAACAAACGACUAUGGCGUCCUUGCGCCUGACUUGCUCGGAUACGGCCAGAACACACCAGCUUCUGGAGCUGAUGCAAAUGGCCCAGCACAGCCGACAGAGCUGUCAGACUACAAAGCCAAGACAAUGUCUGCAGAUAUUAUUGCGCUGCUGGACCAUGAGAAUAUCUCAGGGCCUGUCCACGCUGUGGGGCAUGAUACAGGCUGCUAUCUGCUCUCGAGGCUGGGGAAUUAUUACCCCACACGGCUUGCCAGCUUGUCGUUCUUGGAAGUCCCGUACCAGAAGCCUGGUGAGGGCUUUCAUCUCGAUGCGAUUAAUGAGAUGGUGAAACAGGUAUUAGGGUUCGAGAGGUUUGGGUACCUGAAGUUUUUUGUGUCGGAGGGGGCGGCGGGGCUCAUUGAGGAACAUGUGGAUUCGUUCUUCACAUUGUUCUACCCCGCAGAGGCUGAUUUAUGGAUCGAGCACCUGGGGCCAACAGGGGCCCUGGAGACAUGGCUGCGGAACGAUCGUAAAGCGCCAUUGGCCCCGUAUAUCACGGAAGAGGAGAAAGCCACUCACUUCAAGAUCAUGCGCGGCCAUUACAAAUCUGCGUUGAUGUGGUAUCGCGCCCUGGUAGGGAAUAUCAAUGUCGACGACGAGAUCCAGGCACAGUUAGACUCGAAACUCUACCAGCCAGUGUUGAUGCUCGCCUCGCAGCCAAGCCGGUUGAAUAUACCAGGAGCAGCAGCGGGCAUGAUGAGACAGUUUGCGCAGAACUUGACUGUCAGGGAGGUUGAUGCUAAAGGGCAUUGGAUCCAGUUGGAGGCGAGGGAUGAGAUUGGGGAGGCCGUUGCGUCUAAGCUUCCCGCAGAUGCUGAAUUAACCAGACCCAAGCAAGUUCGUUACCGAAACCUCAAGUCUUUGCGUCAAAGGAGGGGUGGGGUGUCUCACAUCGAAGAGACGUGGGAAGGAUGA